AUGUUGCAGUCGAUAUUUGACGAUGUGCGGCGUAUGAAUAAACGCCAGUUUUUGUAUCAACUGCUAAGCUUUGGCAUGAUAGUCUCAUCAGCGCUGAUGAUAUGGAAGGGCCUGAUGGUCGUCACCGGCAGCGAGAGUCCUAUUGUGGUUGUAUUGAGUGGUAGUAUGGAACCUGCGUUUCACAGAGGCGAUUUGCUCUUCCUCACUAAUUAUCAAGACGAACCAGUGAGAGUAGGAGAGAUCGUUGUUUUUAAAGUCGAAGGCAGAGACAUACCUAUUGUACACAGAGUACUUAAACUUCAUGAGAAGGGUGACCAAAAUAAUACGGUCAAGUUUCUCACGAAAGGUGACAACAAUUCUGUAGACGAUCGAGGUCUGUAUGCACCUGGUCAGCUCUGGUUGACACAUAAGGAUGUGGUUGGCCGAGCAAGAGGCUUCCUACCAUAUGUCGGCAUGGUCACUAUAUACAUGAAUGAAUAUCCUAAAUUUAAGUAUGCAGUAUUAGCAUGUCUUGGACUGUACGUUUUGGUACACAGAGAAUAAAAUUGUUCGAUAAGUUUAAACAUUAUAUUGCGAUAAUCUGAUCGUUUCUGAGAGAAUGCGCAAUUUGCUAAAAAUAAGGACACAUACAUACCAAACUAUGCACAACAUGAUAAUGAUUUAGUGCAUAUGUUGCUGAUCUUGUACUGUUGAUAAAGAAUACUAAAAUGUUCAGGCCAAAGUGCAUUUUCUUGUAUAUAAAUAUAUUUGCAUAUUCGAAUCGAUAAUCUGAAAUUAAAUAUUUUGCUGGAAUUAUUGUGUGUAAAUUUGUAUUAAAUAUUUUUCUUGAUUUUUACAUCAAGAUGCGAUAUUCGUGGUAAAUACUCUAAAGAAUAAUAAGAGAAUGAUAAAAGAUGAUAAUUUUGUUUUCAAAGAGUACUGAGAUGCGUGCGUACUUGAUUAAAAUAGCAAUUAUGAAAGGCAUUAGCUGUAAGGGCCACUUUGACCAACUCCAAUUAACUUUAAUCUGUUAUUGACAAAUGCAAUUGGUCAAUUCCAAAGAACUAAUCUUCGAUUAAAAUUAAUCGGAGUCGGUCGAAGUGGUCCUAAAUAUUGCAAUGUCUAAAAGACAUAAGUAAAGUUAAAAAGAAUUAGGCAGUUUUUUUUAGAAAUGUUUUCAUUUUGUUUCUCAGGUAAUAAUUUAUAAAAGUGAUGCCACUGUUUGUGACGGGAUAAUCUUUAUGGCGCACAUGUAGCAUUUAUAUAUGUUAGAUAAAUCAUUGUUUAUUUUUCUCCGCUUCCAUUUAAAAAGAGCGGCAGCGUAUUAUAUGUAAAACCCGAAAGAAAUAAAUUUUGUUAUAAUUCUCUCUUAAUGUGGCACGCUGUAAUUACUUUUACUUCAAAUAUGGAAUAAAUUUGUAAUAUUUGGGUACAAUGCGGUACUGUAAAUCCCUUAUAGUUAAUUUACUAUAAGUUGUGUAUUUUGUUCUUUUACAAAUUUUAUUUCCUUAAUUCUAUCAAUAGUUAGAAUGGACAAUAAAAUUAAAUUAAAGCACAUUAUAUGCAAUUUAUCAUGGAACAUAUGUCUUUGUAUCAAAUAAAAUAAAUUUCUGUU